GCGUCCCGUGCUUGGACUUGGGGACCUGCGGGCUGCCGCUCAUUCUGUCUGAAUAACCUUUGGAGGCUGUGGCCUGGCUCCGCCUCCCCUCUUGCCGCAGGUUCAAGUGUGGGUUCCGAGCUAGGGUGGUAAGGCACCACCCCUGGCUCACACAGGGACCAGCACCCUGCUCAGCCUGCCAGGAGGCCGGCCGCUGGGAGUAGGAGGGACCGAGACCUGGCGCUGCCCAGAGCGGUCCAGGCUGGGAGUGUCCGAACUCUCGCCGCGGUGAUCGCCAGUCCCCAAGUUAGCACGCGUCCGAAGAGGAGUCGGGCUAGAGCAGGAGGCAGGUGGCUCCGGAGCUCGAGCUGGGCGGCGCUGAGCACUCUCGGCCCCGCCAGGGUUAAGUCUUGUCGGCUCCCUGCUGCCCGGCUGGCGGCCAGCUGCCUUCAGGGAGAGGCCGGAGCCACUGCCAGGGAUCCGGAGGGACGCCAACAGCCGGGGCUGCACCCAUAUUACAGCCCCCAACAUCGCCCCCAUCACUGCCUCUAGGAGGAGCAGAAAGUGGGGGCUGCGGGCCCCUGCCAGCCCCGCGCUCUGGUGGUGGGAGAGCAAUAGGGGCAGCGGAGCGCGGAGAUGGCCGAUGAGGUUGACUGGCUGGACUUGCCCGGCCGGUGGACCUAUGGAGUUGACCGCGGCGGGAGAGUCUUCUUCAUCAAUGAUGAGGAGAAGUCCACCAGCUGGGUACACCCUGGUACAGAAUCACCCAUCCAGAGUGGAUACUGUUCCAGCCCAGGUUUGCCUAAGGGCUGGGAGAUGGAUUCCACCCGGGAAGGAGCUGUGUAUUUCAUCAAUCACAAUGAAAGACGGAACACAUUUCUACACCCAGUGACUGGCCAGGUCCCAGAGGAAAACAAAAAAUUUGACUUGAAAAUCAGAUCGGCCUUGGACAUGUCCAAUAAAGCAGGUGGGAAACGCACAGCCACCAGCAGUGACAUAUCCAACCACAACAUGGUGUCUGAGCUCCCUCCAGAGCGGCCCAGUGUCCGGGUGAGUCCAGCCCCCAAGGCAGGCUGUCAAGCAGGAAUCCUAGGAAAUGUAUUAGCCUGUGCAGCUGUGUCUGCAGGCUCCAAAGAGAAGGCCACCCGGACCUCCCGGAAGGCCAUUGCCUUUGGCAAGCGCUCACACUCCAUGAAGCGGAACCCCAAUGCACCUGUCACCAAGGCGGGCUGGCUCUUCAAGCAGGCCAGCUCUGGGGUCAAGCAGUGGAACAAGCGCUGGUUUGUCCUGGUGGACCGCUGCCUCUUCUACUAUAAAGAUGAGAAGGAGGAGAGCAUCCUGGGCAGCAUCCCACUCCUGAGCUUCCGGGUGGCCGCAGUGCAGCCGUCGGACAACAUCAGCCGAAAACACACCUUUAAGGUGACUGUGUGCUGGAUGGACGAGGCCAGGGCCAAUUCCACGUACUGCCUCCCCCCACAGGCCGAGCAUGCUGGGGUCCGCACCUACUUCUUCAGUGCUGAGAGCCCCACGGAGCAAGAGGCCUGGAUCCAGGCCAUGGGGGAGGCUGCCCGAGUGCAGAUCCCCCCAGCCCAGAAGUCUGUGCCCCAAGCUGUGCGUCACAAUCUAUCACUCCCCCCUCAACUCCAUGCUGGGCUGGAGUCCCUUACAAUGUCUCCCUUGGCAACCUGCAGCCACGAGAAACCAGAUUCAGAGAACAUCCCACCCAGCAAACACCACCACCAGCCACCGCACAACAGCCUCCCCAAGCCUGAGCCAGAGGCCAAGACUCGAGAGGAGGGUGAUGGCCGAGGCUGUGAGAAGGCAGAGAGGAGGCCAGAGAGGCCUGAAGUCCAGAGUGAGCCUCUGGUGAAAGCCAAUGGCAUCCAAGCUGGAUUGGAACCAGUCUCAGAACCAGGCAGUCCUUACCCCGAGGGCCCAAGGGUCCCAGGGGGCGGGGAGCGGCCCACCCAGCCCAACGGCUGGCAGUAUAGCUCCCCAAGCCGGCCAGGGAGCACAGCUUUCCAGCCUCAGGAAUCAGAGAGUGGGGAACACCAGCGGAGCUUACCGCCACAUGCCAACUCUGACAAGAUUGCCCAGCGCAAGAGCUCCAUGAACCAGCUUCAGCAGUGGGUAAACCUGCGCCGGGGGGUACCUCCACCUGAAGACCUUCGGAGUCCCUCUAGGUUCUACCCUGUGUCCCGCAGGGGCCCUGAUUAUUAUGGCCCCUACUCCUCCCAGUACCCGGAUGAUUACCAGUAUUACCCACAAGGAGUGCGGCCAGACAGCAUCUGCUCCAUGCCCGCCUACGAUCGGAUCAGCCCACCCUGGGCUCUGGAGGACAAGCGCCACUCCUUUCGCAAUGGGGGCGGGUGGAAGGAGCCUGCUGGCUAUGGGCGGCAGGAUGGCACUGUCUGGAUCCCCAGCCCCUCUCGGCAGCCGGUUUAUUAUGAUGAGCUGGAUGCCACCUCUGGCUCUCUGCGCCGCCUGUCCUUGCAGCCCCGGUCCCACUCUGUGCCCCGCUCACCCAGCCAGGGCGCCUACAGCCGCGCCCGCAUUUACUCCCCAGUCCGUUCACCCAGUGCCCGUUUUGAGCGGCUGCCACCUCGCAGCGAGGACAUCUAUGCUGACCCAGCUGCCUAUGUAAUGAGGCGAUCCAUCAGCUCUCCCAAGUAUGAUUACCUGGGAGACAGGCGGCCAGUCCCUGCAGGACUGUUCCCCUACAACUACCCACCACCCCCCACGGUUCACGAUAAGAUGAUGAGUGAGAGUGAGACUCUCAUCAGUAUGGUGAACCGCAUGGUGGAGAGCUCCUCCCCCAGGGCCCAGCUCUUCAUGCAAGUCCCUCCAUACCCAGAAGUGUUCCGGGAGAGCCUCCACACCUACAAGUUAAACGAGCAAGAUACAGAUAAGCUGCUGGGCAAAUUGUGUGAGCAGAACAAGGUGGUGAGGGAGCAGGACCGGCUGGUGCAGCAACUCCGAGCUGAGAAGGAAAGCCUGGAAAGUGCCUUGAUGGGGACCCACCAGGAACUUGAGAUGUUUGGAAGCCAGCCCACCUACCCAGAGAAGCUGUUGCAUAAGAAGGAGUCACUGCAGAACCAGCUCAUCAACAUCCGGGUGGAGCUAUCUCAGGCGACCACGGCCUUGACGAACAGCACCAUGGAGUAUGAGAACCUCGAGUCAGAGGUCUCUGCCUUGCAUGAUGACCUCUGGGAGCAGCUCAAUUUGGACAUCCAGAACGAAGUGCUCACCCGGCAAAUACAGAAGGAGAUCUGGAGGGUUCAGGACGUGAUGGAGGGGCUCCGGAAAAGUAACCCUUCGCGGGGCACAGACACAGCCAAGCACAGAGGAGGACUUGGCCCCUCGGCCACCUACAGCUCCAACAGCCCUGCCAGCCCUCUCAGCUCUGCCAGCCUCACGAGCCCCCUGAGCCCCUUUUCACUGGUAUCUGGCUCUCAGGGGUCCCCCACCAAGCCUGGGUCCAAUGAGGAGCCUGGCCCACCGCGGCCUCCCCUCCCCAAAGCCUACGUCCCCCUGGAGUCUCCUCCCACCGUGCCUCCACUCCCUAGUGAGAGCGGCUUCUGGCCUUACCCCAACUCCCCUUCCUGGCACCGCAGUGGCGAGACAGCCAGGGGUCAGCCUACAGCAAGCUGUGAGCAAAGCAAGAGAGAGCCCCACCAGACAUCAGCCCUGGAUACCUCUAGAGACACCAAACUUGUGCCCACCAGGCAAGAAGUGGAGGCAGAGAAGCAGGCAGCUCUCAAUAAAGUGGGCAUUGUGCCCCCACGGACAAAAUCACCCACCGAUGAAGAGGCAACCCCAUCACGGGUCGUGAGGAGGAAUGCCAGUGGGCUCACCAAUGGACUCUCCUCCCGGCAGGAGCGCCCCAAGAGUGCCAUGUUCCCGGGCGAGGGCAAGGUCAAGAUGAGCGUGGAGGAGCAGAUUGACCGCAUGCGGAGGCACCAGAGCGGUUCCAUGAAGGAGAAGCGGAGGAGUCUGCAGCUCCCAGCCAGCCCGGCCCCUGACCCCGGCCCCCGGCCUUCCUACAAAGUGGUGCGCCGUCACCGCAGCAUCCAUGAAGUGGACAUCUCCAACCUGGAGGCGGCCCUGCGAGCAGAAGAGCCUGGUGGGCAGGCCUAUGAGACACCACGGGAAGAAAUUGCCCGGCUUCGAAAGAUGGAGCUGGAGCCUCAGCACUAUGACGUGGACAUCAAUAAGGAGCUCUCCACCCCAGACAAAGUCCUCAUCCCCGAGCGGUACAUUGACCUGGAGCCUGACACUCCCUUGAGCCCUGAGGAGUUGAAGGAAAAGCAGAAGAAGGUAGAGAGGAUCAAGACGCUCAUUGCCAAGUCCAGUAUGCAGAACGUGGUACCCGUCGGCGAGGGGGACCUUGUGGACGUGCCUCAGGACUCAGAGAGCCAGCUGCAGGAGCAGGAGAAGCGGAUUGAAAUCUCCUGUGCCCUGGCAACCGAGGCCUCCCGCAGGGGCCGCAUGCUGUCUGUAGUGGAGAGGUGUGUGAACCUUCCUCCCCAUGGUCUGGAUAGGAGGGGAGCCUUUGGCUCAGAGAGGCCGGGCCUUGCUCACAGUCACACUGGAUCUCAGCAGAGCCUGGAUUCAGCCAGGCCUCCUCUGGGGCCCCAUGCUCUCCUCCACAGCACCUGGAACCAGUGCAAUGUGCCACCCCAAGCCCUCCCACCUCCCCUGCUUCCCCGACUCCACCAGCCAACCCCCUAUCGUCUGAAUCCCCACGGGGCAUCGACAGCAGCCAUACCAUGCGGGUCUGAGUUCUGACUGCAAGCCCUGGCCGAGGCUGAUGCUGUGAAGCUCCACAGAGCCACCUUCUGAAGCCCUCCUCUGCCUGCCUGGGGUCCUGGCCCCACAUUGGCCCCAGCCCCUGUGCUCCCAUGGGCAAGCGGCAAGGAGCUCGGCUGGGGACCAGGGAUUGCUGCUGAGAGGAACAUGGAUACCUCAGUGUCCACACACCCACCACACCUGGCCCUGAAGCCCUCACUAUACAGACGGUGGUCCUAGGCCAGAGCCCGAGAUGAUGGGGUGGGGAGCACCCUGUUUGAUGCCCAGGUCAUGGGGAGCCUAGGCCUGACUCUGGCUGGGGUUGUGACAGCCCUACUGGAACAUUUCCUGAUGGAGAAGACACUGUGGUAGGGAAAAUGCCCUGGGCUACCGUAGGUUAGGACUACAGGUGAAGAGAAGAUGGACUCUGCCUCUUCCAGCCCUUCUUGACACCAAGAACAGCACCUGCCAUCAUCCCCUUCCUCCAUCAGUCACACCCUACUGCCCCAGGGCUUUGACACAUCUCUGCUUAUCGGUGCUCCUUUGGGGUCCAGUGGAGACUGACCACCCUGCUUCAGCCAAAGACAAGAUGACACAAGAUAGGGAGAGGCUCCUUGGCUCCCAGAGGGGACAGUGCUGGCUGUGGAUGGAUAGUAGCAGGUCUGUGCAGUGUCUGAGGGGAGGUUGAGAAGGGGAAGGGAGAGGAAGGGAAAGAAGCAGAAGGACACAUUUGUAAAUAAGAGAACAGAAUGGAAAAGGGGGUGGGAUAAGUUUCCCAAGGUGGAGCCUUAGCUUGGUGCCAAGUAGAGUGCCAGACUGUCAGUUCUGCCCCUCCCUCUUCAUCCCCAGGGUCAAGGGGCCUGCCAGUGCAGUGGCCCCAGGAGGACCCCCUGGCGAGUACACGGUGGCCUUCAGCUAAGUUGUUUGGCAGGGGCAUAUGGGUAGGGAGUGAGGGGGCUGCGUAGGACAGUCUAGGAGAUAGACGGUACUUAGUAGAUCUGGGCCUGGUGUCUGCCUCCCCUAGUGGGCUUGGGGCAGAGAGAACGACACAGUGUGGUCAGCCUUGGGGCCUUUCCUAACCACUUUCGUGACAUGUUGUUGUCUCACUUCCCCCCUAGAAUGUGCUGUGAGCCAGCUGAGAGUGUACCCAGGCAGUGGGGAUGCAGUCUUAACCUGGGAGGCCAGAUCGUAAACCCCACCCCACAUCCCAGGCAUCCCAGAUGAGGACCAGUCGAGACUAUGUAAAGGAUUCCCUUGGAGCUUCCCUCUCUUCAUCCACCCACCCAGGACAGCCAGUCAGGGACAGACAGAAGCCCACUCAUUCUUGCUCUGCUCCACCCACCUUGAAAUGAAUGUAGCCAGAAAGGAGGGAGGGGAGAGAGUACAGCUGAAAAGUUGGCCCCUACGCCUUCUGUUUGCCAGAGUUGCUGCCCCAAGACUCUAGCAGCCCCAAGAACAACUACUUUACCUUCCACCAAUUCUUCUCCACUCGCUCAUGGUUGGGGCCGUUACUGGUUCAUAUGCAAGUAAAGAUGGCGGUUCAUUCAACAAAUAUUUUUCGAGCACCUUUAUGUACCAGGCACUGUUCUAGGUGCUUAGGAUAUUCUCCAGCUCCUGGGGCAUUACGUACUAGGGGGAUUCUGCUUGUCUUCACUUCUAGCAGGUUUUCUGAACAUGACCCUUAGCUACAUUUCCCAUCUUUAGCAUAGGUCAAGCUGUCCUUUCUCCCCCACAGACUGGCAGGAGGAGCUGGCUUCCAGGUAACCCUCUUUGUCUUUCCCCACACCUUUCUCCAUCCACAAGACACAGAUUUUUCGGGGCCUUCCAUGCCUUCCCCUUCUGUUGUCUGUCUCUCCUUUUAAGUGAUAUUUUUAAAAAUACAUGUAAAAUACCAAGGAUUAAUGUAUGCACCUCUGUCACUUCUCUCUCAUGUCUUAUUUCAUAAAGCUGGCCCUUUAUGUUGCUUUACAUGCCUUAAUAUAUGUUUUGUGAAGAUUAUACAUAUUAUAGAUAUAUAUAUGUAAUAUAUAUAUAUUUGUUUGGAUGUCCGAUCCUUUCCUGGAACUCCUGCCCAGGCCCAUUUUCUCUCCUUUACUUUCCACACCAUUCUUACAUGUUACAGCUAUAUCCCAUGCCUUUUGAUCCAAAGAAGGGGAGAGAAAAACUUAUUUUGAGACAGAUCUAUUUUACGCUUUUGUUAUAAAAGCAAAUCUAUUUUCAAAAUGUGCAAUGUCUGAAUGGAAUUGGCGAACGAUAUGAGACUGGGGUGGCUGCCUCUAGGUCCAACACUCCACCCUUCCCUCUUCCCCAGCAGCACCUUCCUCCCAUUCCCCAGUCUGCAAAGGGCUCGUCCCCACCCAGAGAGCAUUUUGCCAGAGCAGGACAUUCUCUUGGAAAUCGUGGUCUAAGGACUUGAUUGCACUGUCAACUCUUGAUGACCCUCUAGGAUUAUUGGAUAUGAAUCCUCUGUAAACACAUGUGCACAAAAGUAUACCCAUGCAGGCACCUUUCCCCCCCCACCCCCCGAAAUGCUCCUGGACCACCUCUCUCCACCCUGCUGGAAAGGGCAGGCAGUUUAAUGGCAGCCUGUGUCAGACAGCACCAAGAAUGUCAGUAUAUUCCUUGAUGGACCCAGGAUAUGGUGCAAAUGCCAACAGGAAUUAUUUGGGAGCCCUGGUUCUUCUGCACAGAUGUAUUAGGUGCCUUGGACUUCUCACUCUGCUUUUCAUUCGGACCUUCUCUGGUCUGGGUCACAUCUAUGGCAUCUGUUUCCCUCUGGGGCUGUUGUUAAGGGCCCUGUACUCAGUCUGGCAUCCAUACUGCAGAGUCAGCUUCUGGGCUGAGGAGGGUCCCAUGGACAAUGUAGCAUCUCAGUUUUGCCCGUGAAAGCCCCAGGACUUUCCUCUGACUGGCUCUCACUGGGACACCAAACUAAGCCAGCUCAGCUUUCUAAACUGCUUAUCAACUGUUAAGGUGGGUGAGGGCUCUCGCUCUGCAUAAAUUUGGGCAGGAUGGAAGUCUUUUGUCCAGAUCUGGA